CCUAGCCGCAAGGCCUCAUAUAAGGCUAAAAACUCCUCCAAAACAAUAGAGAUGGACAGUUCCAUACCUGUCACGGAUGGCGCGAUUAAUUUACCACCGCGCAAAAGAGCUACUAGUCGGGCAAUAUCGACUAGACUGGAAAAGGGCAAAAGCCCAACUGAGCUCAGGCUCAGUGAUAUUGAGGAGGAGUUCCCUGAGUCCUAUAUGAAGGAUUCAGAGGAUAUUUCUGAUCCUGAUUAUGAAAUUACUGAUGAAGAGGAUGCUAAUCCCGUUUGGGAUACACGUCCUGUUAAACCUACCAAGAUUUAG